AUGCAGACUGACUACAAGUUCCCAACGCCAUUGCCGCCCACGAGGUUUGUGGCCAGAGCUUACCGCAAAUGGCGCAUGGGGGAGUCAAGGAACGAAGAGAAAGCUGGCCGACUCGAGAACCAACCGACGGGAUCUGACAAGGAGGCCACUCCCUACAUAUCACUCACGCAGUGGCAAGCUGUACGUCUUCCCCCAGACCAUACCAUCGACCAGCUCCUUUACGUGGCGGUGCCGACACCCCGAUUAUCGUUCUCAGGCGAGCCUUUGUCAAUAAGGACUCAUGUGAUGUGCAUUUCCACAUAUUACGGAAAUCCUCCCAGAGAUCAUGCUCUCUUUCUUCAACCUCUCAGUCUGGUUAUCUGGUUGCGGACUCGGAAUGGCUUGAACAUGAUCCGAGUCUACUGCAAAACCUCACUCCAGAACACUUUUGGGCCGGGGGCCAAGAUGUGGCACCUUUUCCUCUUUGACUUAAGUGUCGCUUUCGCCUUCGCCGUGGAGUACGGCGCCAUUAUGUGCUACCGAGCAACCGCUACGUCAACGUCGCCCAGGUCCCACCGACGCCUCGCCUGA